GGUCUUUAUUUAUAUAAUGUAAUGGUGUUACACAGUAACCCAGCCUUGUGGUCGUUGAGAGACGUCGUUAGAGGGGUUGAAAGCGUACAAGGACUUAUAAAAAGAUAGAAUAUUCAUGUGCAGAUAUCCCCGUGUGUUUUAGGUUGCCUUCAUAGAGUUUGGAGCCACGAUGACAGCGUCGCGUUGAACAGUAGGCUGAGUUUUUUUUAAUAUUACACAAGCUGAGAAGGCGUGAUGUGUCCCAAACCAAAGACUAAGUUGAGUGUUAAAAUGGAUAAUGUCAAUGGAUAAAUUUAAUAAGAGGAGAAUAUUUGUGCGGUGAAGAAUUAAGAGAACGAUUUGUUCCCAGCUGAGCGUGAAAGAAACCGGUGUGGAUUAGCAGAUGUGAUCAAAGAGGGACACAUUAACUGUAUCGCUUAGCUGUCAGUGUGUUAUUUAAAUGGUCCAUGCGGUACUUUAUAGAGAAGCUCCUCCGCCCGCACCGCUUUGACGAAAGAAACACCAGUUCGUCUCAUAGGACGUUGUUCUGGUGACAUAACUCAUCCAUCAUGGACCUGCUGGAGUGUCCGAUCUGUCUCUUCCUGAUGUGCGAGCCGGUGACCAUGUCAUGCGGUCACACGUACUGCCGGAGAUGCGUCGGGGGGUUCCUCCCGUCCAAGUGCCCCUCAUGCAAGGAGAGGUUAAAACAACGAGAGAUUAAAAGCAUGAAGAACAAUGUCCUGCUUAUCAGCGUCGUUGAAAAGUGCUGCCCCGACGAGACGAGGAUGAAGUGCCAUUUACAGGAGAAGCUCAAAGCCAACGAAUUCACGGAAGCUUUACGCAUCGCGAACGAGGGGCUGGAAUUAGGUAAGGUUCACGUGCUUGAAUGAUAGAAACAAUGUAAAAGUUUGUGCAGGGCAGAAGUGCUGAAAGGGUAACAACUGGUGUGGCUGUGGCUCUUAAUAUCUUGCAUCACACUUGAGUCAGGAGGCAGACAGUUUGGAGUCACACUUUUACGCACUGCUCACCGUUCUCUUGGCUUGUGCCCAGUGGCACUGGCUGAUGGUGCACACCAACCUGCACUUAAGAACACAGUCAUUAUGUGCGCAAUAUUUAUGGUAAGCAAUGACAAGAAGGAGGGAAAACAUGGAUGCAGACUUAUUCUUACUGUGAUGCUAUUGAUGACCUGAAUGCAGAAGUGGGUCACUAAACUGUCUCAUGUGUGCAUUCAGAAUCAUAAUAAAAAACACACCACAAUCACUGUUUUGAGCAGCAAAAGGAAGAUGCUCAGCACAGAAAGGUUGGCCUACUUACACACUUUCACUUUUCCCUCUUGUCCUAUCAGUCACACACAGUAUGAGAAGCAGUUAUGGCAGCUUUAAAAGCUGUGCAACAAUAUUGGGCAAACUUUUGAAGAAAUGCGUCUUUAUGGAGCAAGCCUCUGGUAUUUUUCUGCAGCCCAGUCACUGUUACAAAAGCAGGGAAUGUAUAAGAGGGUGUGUUGUAAUAUUUUCACAGCUAAGUGCCUGUAAUUCUACAAAACACUCACCUGCAAUUACCAAUACUCUGCACUUGCCUUUGCAUUUGCUCCUGACCCUAAUUCCUUACUUCAGACAGCAGUGAGGACAUUGAAUACAAGACAGUUUCUGCACUAAAUGAGAGUAUGAACUCAGUAGGCAUCCACAGCAUCGUAGGAGUGUUUGUGUUGAGGUGAAUCAGCGCUCCAUUAAAUUACCUUCAUGUUUGCCAUCUCUGCCAAUCCAAUUAAACACUGCUGCCUCGCUUGCUUCAGCCCUCCUGAUACUCCUGUAAUGAUCUCCCGGCAGAUUUGCGUACAUUUGUGUGAAGGUUUGCCGCUGUGUCUGUACACUUUUAGCUCAAUUUUUCUUGCACUGGAAAAUGUUGCAGAAAUUGCCAAUCUCAAAUAGUGGGUGUUUUUGAGAUCUUUGUGCCGCCAAAAGACAUGACAAGGGAAUAAAGCAACAGAUGCUUGGUAAUAGCAUCUGGGGUGAAAAAAUGAACUGUUAUGUGCUGCAGGUGUAUCGAAGAAUUUAAAAAUAGUUAUUAGUGAGUAGGAGAGCAUGAUUUGUUUUUGAGGUAUACUAAUUGUGAUUUACCUUAACUUCACAGCCAAUUGAUAUUAAGGCUGAACAUAUAAAGAUGUUACAGUUUUAUAACACUAGAGAGUUGUAUAUGUAUCAGCCACAGCUUGCAGUUACACAAUGUGUUGAAAAAGGUCAGUAACAGCAUAAAAAUAUCAGGUCAGCGCUUCACACUUUUCACUCCACUACGAAACAAAGCUGAGGUAUUCGUGACGCAGACUUCUCCAUGCCUGCUGUUACAUGUUGAAUGUUUGUAUGUGCUGUAGAAGGGUGUGUAAAUAGAAUUGAAUAACUAAAGUCACAGGUCUAAAAAGGUUGUUUAAUUGUUCACUCCUCUUUUUCCUCUCUCUUCUGUUAUUUCGUGUCCUCAGUCCCAGAUGAUCAGAGUUUGAAAGUGUAUAGAGCUGAAGCUAACUGGGGACUGAUGUGUUUCUCCGAUGCUCUGACAGACCUCGACUACCUCUGCUGCCUUCGUCCUAACUGGACCGAGGUGAGGAGCAAGAUGGUGUCUGUGAAACAUGUAACACCAGGCUUGUUGCUUUUAUGUUUUGUGUAUCAACAAAAAUUAAAGUAUUACAGUUAUCCAUCAAUAACUCACACAUAGACUUUUAGUUUGGUAAAAUAUGUGUAAUUUGCACUCUUAACCAGGAGGAAGUUUGCAUUUUUUGUUCUGUUGAACGCAGCACGGAAGGAUGACCUCCUUAAAGUGAUUACCUCUGCUUUUAUUGAUGUUAUGUCAUUCGCAAAGUUAUGCAAACAGCUACUUAUGUCAUAAUGUCAUUUAAUCAUUUGGUGCCUUGGGCAGCACACUGCAAAAUGCAUUAAUGCCAUAAUGUAUAAUCACAUUUAGUAUUUUAUUUUAUUUUUUGGGUGAGUUUUUUUUCUCUCCAUUCAAGUUCAUAUUUUGUUUUUUUUUAAAAUUAGAGCUUGAAAAGAGCUUAACUGGUUGAUGUUAUUGCAGGUUUUGUCAGGUUCCCUUAAUUUCAGAGCUUUGGUGCUGUCAUUCAUUAAUGCAGGCAGCGAUGUGCUGAUGGCACUCUUCUCUUUGUGCAGGGCUUCUUUCGUAAAGGGAAUGCGCUGCUGGAAAUGGGUCAGCAGGCGGAUGCCCUCGUCCAGUUCCACCGUUGCCUAAACCUACAAGCUGACUUUGCUCCUGCAAAGAGCCAGAUCAAGAAGGUUUGUUUGUCUAACCUGAUACAGAAAAAAAUCUAAAAUAUUGAAAGUUGAUUGCUGAAUACAUAGCAAGAGUUAAACCUGCAGCAGAAAGUUAUACAACCUCAUAAUCAGGCCAUGACAGAUACUAUGAAACUGAUGAGUAAAUGACUGCAAUGCAAGAGAUUAAAUUUGACCAAUGUCAUCAUUGUGUGAUUUGUUUCUUUUGGUGACAUCAUGUUUCAUUAGUUUAGAAGUGCCCUGUAUGAUUGUGCACUCCUCUUAAAGCCUGUUUCCACUAUGUGUGUUUGCAUUCCAGUAUUGCUGCAGAUAAAAGAUUUGUUCUUUGGCUUUUAUGCUGAAAAAUGUGACCUGAUUCAGAGUUCAGUUGUAGUUUGUCAGGUUUUGGUUAUGAUAAUAUUGCACCUCGUUUUAUUGUCAUCUUAAACAGUAGUUCUGGUGGUAUUGGUAGAAGUGUUGUUAAAAUACCUCUUAAUGUCUUGAUACUUAUAACCACUAAAGCUCUGUGUCCUUUUUCUGUUUUUUGUGUUAACACGCACAAUAUCACACAUCUCAUUUAACUUUAAAUGUGAUUUCAAGCUGUAAAUUGGCCCUUUUUUAAAAUCAGUAUUUUAUCAGAUUUUAGCUUUCAGGACAGACUGUACCGUUAUACUUUCACUUGACUCGUCUGUGGCUUCAAAUCUCAGAUCCUGGAGGCAGAGGGCAUGGCUGUGCCAGACGACGUGCCCUGCAUCCUGCAAGUGGUGUCUGAGUACCUGAAAGAGCCCUGCCCCAUCACCAGCCUUGGUGGCUCCCAGGGUCUGACUCACCCUGAGGGCCUCAGACAUCCACAUGGAAAUGAUGGAGAGGGGAAAGGGAGGAGAGAAGCUCACCAGGUAAGCUGCACAAUCCGGGUUUGGAGGGCAUUCACUGUUUCUCUGCGAUCUGAAUUAUUUGUUUGUUUUUGGUAACAUAGUUCAUAAAUCUGUGUCUUCAGGGUUCUAGGGUGAAGCAUGACUCGGGUACUGAGUGCUGUCUCAGCCUCUGCCAAGCUGUUUCUUUUCUCCCUGCUGCUGAGGAGGAUGAAGAGAUGAUGAUGAGGAAGGAGGAUGAGCAUGGUAGGGGUAUGUAUUGACACACACAGUCAUCAUUGUCUUAAUAAUGAAUCAUAGAUGUUAUUUUCAGCACAAACAGCUUUCAAACAGCACUGUCCUUCCAGCAGGACAAAAACAUCUCAAAAUUGGCCCGAAGGGAUUCAAAUUUCUCCCUAAAUGGUCCGAUAAGAAGAAUUACUUUCAACUUUAUGGCUUGGCUUCCCUUACGCAGCAACAAAUAAAGAAAUACUUGUUCAGAUCUUUUAGUAUAUCAUAAUUUUCAUCUGCUUCCUUUGCUGCACCACAAAACAGCGGGUGAACCUGCAUCGAACAUCAUGUAAUGUUGUUUUAGUGGUGGCUGGAUUGAAACAUACAUUUUUUCUCUGUCUCUCUCUCUCUCUCUCUCUCUCUCUCUCUCUCUCUCUCUCUCUCUCUCUCUCUCUCAUUCAGGUGAAAGUGGCCACUGCAGGCAGAGAACUCUGUCUGUCCUCACUGUCUCCGACUUUGAAUGCCCUCUCUGCAUUAGGUCAGUGUGUUGGAGUGCUUGCUCUGAUCAAUAAUGCAUUGCUGCCCUGUGGUUGCCAGCAGCCGAGUCAUGUAACAGUCUGGUCCCCCCUUUCUCUCUUUCUCUGGUUAAUGUUUAGCACAAAUACCACUUAUACACAAAGACUCACUAGACUUACAGCUACCGUACAAACAGCGUAACUAUUGUUUUUUUUUUUUUUUUCCUACCGAGCUGUCAUAAAUGAAGUGUGCGUGUUUGUCUGUUCUUUCAAGGUUAUUUUUUGAGCCUGUCACUACUCCCUGUGGUCACACCUUCUGUAAAAAGUGCAUAGAGAGGAGUCUGGACCACAACCUUCGCUGUCCACUCUGCAAACAGCCACUACAAGAGGUAACCACCCACAGACACUUUCAUGAGUCCAUUUUGAACUCCUGUUUUUAGCUCAUGAAACAGUUCAUUUUAAACGGUGUUUUAUUCAAAGCACUUGGCCAUCGUUAACUGAACCAUGGCAGAUAGUAAAUCUAAAACAGAGUAUGAAUUUGGAUUGUUGUUAUUUUUGCACUACAUUUUUUGGCACAUUCAGAGUUUGAUAAUUAAUGCAUGUGUUUUUCGUGUGUCUUUCUCCUCAGUACUUUAAGAACAGAAAAUACAACCCAACAGCCCUACUCCAGGAAAUCAUGACCCGUCUUUUCCCCUCCCAGUUGGCUGAAAGGAAACAGGUCCAUGAUGCUGAAAUGGCGGAACUGUCCAAGUAUGCACCUGCCUCAUUCAGUCUGCAUGUUGAUGUGUUGUUGCCUUAUUCUCAUUACUGUCCUUGACGUCUUUUUACCUCCUUCUCCCAUCUAAUUUUUCGUUGUCUUGCCCCUCUCUUUUGUCUCCUGCUUGGUAGUCUUACUAAGGACAUCCCUAUAUUUGUUUGCACGGUGGCCUACCCUGGAGUGCCCUGCCCUCUGCACAUCUUUGAGCCUCGGUAUCGGCUGAUGAUGCGCCGGUGUAUGGAGACCGGAACGAAGAAGUUUGGCAUGUGCAGCUAUGAGCAUGGGAAAGGGUAUGUUAUCUAUCUACUGUUUUAUUCACAGUUCUCAGAACAACCCUGUUUAUGUAACAAUAUGGAUUUUGGUAGAUAGUAAACUAUGUGCUGGAGCGACACAAAAACACCACUUAAGGCAAAAGCCUAGUAGAGCUUCUCUGAUGUUUCCUGUUAUUUGAACCGUACUCUUUUGUUACUAAAAGACAUCUCCCCGACUGUGAGGUGCACUGCAGGGAAGUUGGUGUCUGAUUGGAUAGAUGCUGCUGAUGGUGCAGCAGUCACAGGCAGCACAGUGGGCAAAGUUUAAAUCAGUCAUAUGUGACCCUGAGUGGGUGUGAAGGAGAAGUAACAGCAUGGUCAUAAAUCUGUUGUGAGAUCUGUUGUGCAGUUUCACCCCCUGAUAUUUGUUCAACAGUAUUUUUUCAUGGUUUUGAAAUUCUCAGAAAGUGCACCAAAUCAUUUAAAUGUGCUUUUUGAAAUGGUGUUGUAAACAGCUUAUUAUAACAACUCACAGAUUAAAUCAGCUGUAAAACAUUUCACCUAAGCCUGCCUCAUAAUGUUACUUCACUUCCUGCUUUGACACUGUAGUUUCCUUUUAAACCAUUGACAAAUGAAUGACAAAAAUAGUCCCUAUACUGAGCUUUUUACUGUCACAAGUUAAGUGGAUUUAUAAAAAAUCUGAGCAGUUUUUACAGCACUUUCAGACAAACAACUAAAUACAAAGAGAUAAAAAGAGAACUAAAUAAAACAUGAACCGAAGAGCUGAGGAAACACUACGGUGUUUGCAACCGGACGUAAAAAUUAAAAAUGUGAAAGAAAUUCAAGAAAGCAUAUGAGAAUCAAAUCUAACAGAGAAAAUAAAGAAGAUAAUAAAUAGUAAAAGAUAAAAACAAAAAUGAAAUUACACUGAUAAAGACCUCAAAUCACUCAAAAGUUGUUUAUUUAAAUAAUCUACAAUAAAAUAAAACACAAUAAGGUAGCUCAGAAUUUUAGUUAGAAGAAAGUUAGAAUGAGAAUUAGAUAAAUAAUAACAAUCAUCUAAAGUGAAGGAGAGAGACAGUAGUUCUUAUAUUAGACUUAAAAAAUAAUGAUUAAUGAAUUAUGAAUGGGUCAGAAUAAGAAACUUUUAAGUGUUUGUUUACAUAAAAUGUCUGUGUCUUAUGUGUUAUCUGUGCUUCAGAUUUGCAGACUACGGCUGCAUGCUAGAGAUCCAUCAUCUGGAGCUGCUUCCUGACGGGCGGUCCUAUGUGGACACGGUGGGUGGCAGCAGAUUCAGGGUGAUUAAGAGGGGUCUGAGAGAUGGCUACCACACAGCUGACAUAGAGUACCUGGAGGACCUGAAGGUGAGGACUGUUGUAAUCACACACAAGAGGAACAACAGCAGAACACAAAAACAGCAGGAUCACUUGUCACUCCUUUUUCCUGAACACGUCUUCUCUUUUUCUCUCCCAGGUUGAUGGGAGUGAGCUGGAGCUUCUGCAGCAUCUACAUGACAGUGUCUACCAGCAGGCCCAGGACUGGUAUCAGCGCCUGGGGAGUCGCAUCCGAGAGCAGAUCAACAGACAGUACGGCCCCAUGCCAGAGAAGGAGGACAACAUUCAGGUAGAGGACUUACAAUUAUUGCUGUGACUUAAAUUUACCUCACUACAUUUCUCAAAGUUUCCUGGAAACCACAGGGAAUUUUUUACACGUACCUUUGAAAGUUGAGUAUAAGUAGCUCAUGCAAAGUUGAAAGUUAGCAGUUAAUGGAUCUGGCGUCUGAAAACAGAUGUAGUGGAUAAUGAGCCUCUCACUACUAUUAUACACUUAACUAUUUUCAUUGUUUUAAAUCUGUUUUAACAACCCUGCAUCCCCCUUACAAGUAAAGAGAAAUCAGCAUGUAAUUCUUUUUCUAAAAACUGCUUUUGUGAAGUAGUUCUUCACAUGUAAGUCGAUGCAUUUAUAUUAAGUGGUAAACACUAACAAGAUGAGGGGAGGUGAAGACCCUGUUUUCAGCUGGUUUUGACAUCUGUUGGAGGUGGAGAGCUCCAAGCAUGUCUGUUUACACCUGGGAUCAGAAAGCAUCACCAUGGUAACCUUUUUUGAAAGGGUUUCACUCCUGCACUCUAUAUGCAUAUAAAUAUACACAUCCUGACUCAAUGAAAAGCGAUAAUAUAUGAGAUAGUUUGCUGUAAAAUGACAGUACAGAGGAAGAGUUGGAGCGUGUGACUGAAAAGUCAUGUUGGUAUAACAUAAACACUUUUAGUGUGAUCAGGAAAGCUAACAUGACUCUACAGUUUUGUGGGUAAUCAAUGAGGAGUAUUAACGCAUGAAAUAGAUAUUUUCUUCUCCAUUAUGAAACAUCUACACUGUGUUUGUAAUUUGUGAUCUUUUGGGUUGUGUCCCAGGUAUUUUCCAGUAAUCAGUGAACAUGUAGAGUCCUCUCUCAGGAAUUUUCCCCUAAAAUCCAGUUUAUGAUAAGAAAGUCAAGGAUAUCAAGAAAGGACUGAAACAUCUGUGAAGCUUAACCUGGCUGCACUGAUAAAAAUGUUUUCCUAAUUAUUGCUGCUUUGAUAACCUCACUGUUAUAGUAGAAAUAGCAGAACUUUAGCACCCAAAAAUCAUGUAAGGACAUGGGGGUUACUGAUUCUUGUGGGGUGAUUCAGACCCUCUCUCUCUCUUUUCUGAUUUUUCCUCCUAGUCUAACACACAGUGACACACAUCCCGCCUUCCUCUCGCAUACUAAGACACAAAGACACCCACACCAAACAAUACAGAAAGAUGAACACAGAGGAAAUUUAUGUUUAUCACCUAAAACAUGAGGAUACAUGCUACACUAACCGAACAACACAUUACUUUGAGUGUGUUUUGGUACGAAACUAAUAGGCAAACAAUGUUAUUUUCUUAUUUCUUUUCUUUUCAUUAUUAGAAUAUCAUAUUUUACCAUUAUAUGGUUGUGUGCUGUUUUAGUAGUGCUGCCUUACAGAUGUAAGUAUGAGCUGUGUAGUUAAGUACUCAAAUAGGACAGAUUAAUAGACAAAAUUAAAUGCAUGUUAGUUCAGCCAUCAGUGAAUGUGAGGAUAACAAUAGGAAGUGGCGGUCUUCCUGCUGUGUUCACCUGCUUAAAGUGAUAUAUGCUGAUUAGAAAGGCUCUGAAAAGUGAACGCCACAGACUGAAACUCCCACACUGGUUCACCAGAAUCCAUUAAGUGCUUUAAGAAGCGCUACUGUCAUGGUCUGAGAGCACAUAAACAAUGUCGAUUUAGCAUUGGCGCUGUUACAUAAAACAAAACCCACCUGAACCCAUCCAGCCUGAUUGAACUGUCAGUUUCCUCAUGUAGCGAUUUGGAUUUAUAAUAAAGCUUGAGCUUGAGUAUAAAAACUACUUUUUGGAAUGCGCUUUAGCAAAAAUGAAGACGCAAAGAGAAGAAAACGGCGCACUGACAAAGGCGCUGGAAGAGAUCGAGAUGCCUCUUAGUGAUUCAGAAAAACACAAUGCCAGAUAUGAAGCAUCAAAGCUUUCCCCAUCGAUGAAUCAUGAAGAAAGUCUUGUUCUCAAAGAAAAGAUUGAAGGACUUGAUGAAACUCUUUACAAAAAAGAGAAAGAACUUGAUGACACCAAUACGCAGCUUGCUAAGACCACAGAAGAUCUGAUACAGUCAGAAUCCCUGCGAGAAAAAGAAGCAGAAGAUGUAAAAACUUUGAAAGCACUGGUCAAGGUGCACACUGAAGCCCUUGAAGCUAAACAGAGACAAACCUCUACCUUACAGCAACAACUCAAGGUAGCUCAAAGACAGUUGACUUUGUCAAGAAAAGAAAGACAAAGAACUUGAACAUGUCCAAAGACAGUUACAACACUCCCUCCAGUCUGGUCGAGCCCAAAGAGAACGCAUGCAACAAUAUAAAUGUAAAAAAAUGUAAUAUAAACCAAACAUUUCUAAACUAUUUAUUUUACUUCGAGUAAAAUUGAUUUAUACAUACUACAUUGCUGAAUGCAGAACACAUCAUUAUCAGUCAUUUGUAUUCUUUCACUGUAGUUUUUAUCAGUACAUGGUCGAGCAGGGUUUUAUGACAGAGGUCUGGAGGUCAGCGUUCUGCUCCUCAGACCUUUCCUUGGAUUCGUGUGUUCACACACUUAAAGACAGUAAAUCUUAAAUAGGAGACCUGGGUUGAGGCAUGAACGAUUAAGUUGGUCAGAGAUGGAGUCAGUUUGAAAGGUAAUAAAAACUCUGUAUCUGUUCUCCAAAUUGACCAUUUGAGAAGCGUCAGAGGUUUGGGUCAAUCUCCGGUCGGACCAAUUGGGUAACCUAAAAGUACAAACAAGUCUGGAAAGAUUUAUAUGAUCCUGUGUCUUGGGACCAGAUCAAGAACCUUUCUUGCUAAGAAUGUGUGAGUUUCACACACAGGGUUGUCUUGAUGCUACACUCAUUUACUUUGCGUCAUGCACAUUGACAGGUUUGUUCCUCUCUGUGUAAUAUGUGGUUGAUCGGGGAGGAGUGAUUGAUAUGUUUAUUGUCUCUGCUUUUUAAACUGUCUUCUAGGCCUCAUCCAACGGUCCUGCCUGGUGCUGGUGGCUCCUGUCUGUCCUGCAGCUGGACCCUGCCUAUCAAACCACUGUCCUGUCCCUGACCUCACUCAAAGACCGCCUGGGACACCUCCGUCUUGUCCUUGAGUACUUCUCUCAGAGCUAGGUACCACAACACAGUGGUGCUGUUGCUACACCUUGCUGAGAGUAAUCAAUGCACACAUACACACAUAUAAAAGCAACAAAUGCACUUGCACCACAGAAAGGUGUGGUUUUAAACUCUAAAUGAUAAAGGGAUGGUCUAAAAAGCCACAGAUGAGGGCCAAUCAUCAGGUCUCCAGCAGAAAGAUAGCGAUUUUAUUACUGAACACACUGCAAGUGGGUUUUUGCUUCUGGAGUUUGCGCAUCUUUCUUGAACCACUUUCUUUAUCGAGUGUCAAAAGUUGCAGAAAAGCUCCAAAAUAUAGAAUAUUUUCAUUAAAACAAUGAGGAAUUAAUAGUUGACCAAAGAUUCUGCGUAAGAUCCAUCAAAAGUGGUGAACUAUUCAUUUCUGAUAAGCUUAUCAGUUCAUUUUUGAAAUUGUGUUUCUGAAAACAGACACUAGGUGUCACUGUUUUCAGCCCCGUUUCAAACAAAAGAAAAAAACAACUGCAUCAGUCCAGCUGAAACAGUCUACUUUACUGUCAUGCCUUGCUUAUUUAGAUAUUUGAGAAAAAAAAAAAUUGAAAUAAAAAGUUUUGUUUUGAGUGAGAAUAAUCGCAGAGGAUUGAUCAGGACUGUGCAUAGUAGAGAUUUCACACUUGUGUGUUGCAGAUAAUCGUUUUAUAGUUUGUGAGUUAUUUUGAUUUUUUUGAAGGGCAAUACUUGCAAAGCUUAAGUUUGGGUUGCAGCUAUUGGCCUCAGCAGCCAUUGAGUAUGGCUCAUAUACUAUUGAAUAAAACUGAAAGAUCCCUGUUUGAGUAAAUAUUGCAAUAAUAAUUUAUACUGUCUCUUAAAAUUAGAGGAUCUUUUUUUUUUACGAAUGAAAGCCGCUGAUGUGGCUGCUGCUUUUCUUUCUGAUGCUAUUUGUUCUCUUUUGGUGGAGAACAUCUGUGAAAUGCUGACAGUGAGGGAUGAAGGUCAGUGAUUGGAUAGAGGCGUACCUGCUCAGGCUGCACCCCACUUACAGUUCCAACUGCAUAAUUGGAUUUUGAUGAUCAAUAUGACAUUUGAAAAAAACCUUUUUAUGGAUGAUUGUAGUUUCCAGUUUCUGAUUUUAGUGUUUCCUGGCUCUGCUGGAGGGUGCUGUAGAGACAGAUUUUAUUGUGAAAAUGCGUAAGAAGGGUUUUGCUGGUUUACAUAACUCAACCUCUGCUGACAUCUUGGCUCCUUGUUAAACUCUGUGAAUAAUAAAUAACCAUUUAUUGGUCUGUUGGUAAAGUUUACAGCCUGUUGUGCUCCUGCUCUUUUCUCAGAACCCUAACCCAGCAAAAAUACAUGAAAUAAUAAUGAAAAAAGUGAGUCACUUCAUCAAAGUAUGAUUUGAUCAGUUCAAACUUUAGGGGGCAGCCUGAGUUCUGUUCUUUAAUACACUAUGAGCCUGUGUGAAUAUGUAUGUAGGUGGUUCAGUGUGGAUGCAGCACUGACUGUGCAUGUCAGCUGUAAAUAAGGAGUCAUCCUCAUCAUUUGCUACUUCAUUAGCUGAUUGUUUUGUAUUUUUUGUAAAUGACAUUACAUAAGGUGUGGUGAAGCAGCAGCCUGUGGACGCAGCGUUCACGCCUCUUUGUGCAGGGAGCGCUACAACAUGACAAAUUCAGGGGUCUGAUGAGGGGCCAAGUCCCCCCUGUGGUGCCUCUGAGUCGGCCACAUCACUUACAUCUGGCACCUAUGGUGUCUCCCUGCCUGUCUGGUCCCUCUAUCAUCAGUCAUGGUGCCUUUGGUUGCCUGGGCUGGCUCUUUGAGGGACAUGCAUGUCUUAGACUCUAGACACCACACUGAGGAAGGAGCGUGUGAUUUAUUGUUUUUAUUCUGCUAUUGAUUUUCAUUGAUAUAGAGCUACAUUCCAUGGAAUGUUAAGAGUUGAAAUGCAAUGUUACAUAUAGUUAAUUUACUAACGAAUAUGGGCUAAACUGGGUGAAACAUAACAGCUCAAGUUUGUUUAUUUGUUUGUUUUUUUAAACUUUGACAUAUGUGCCAUAGAUAUUUCUAUGUUCUGUGUUUUAUAGGGGGUUCAUAAGCUACAAAGACAACAUCAAUAUGGAUGCUGAGUUUAGUCUUCAUGCCUUUUUUUAUGGUUGAUGUUAAUCUGUUGUCUUUUCUUGGCCAACAUAUCACUUUACUCUGAAAUAGAGGAGCAAACAAACAGUUUGUCUGAUCCAGGACAGUCUUAGUUUGAUAAAGCUGAAAGUCAAAGGGGAAAUCACAAGGUUCAAUACGCACAAAUAUACAGUAUCAUAUACAGUAUCCCUUGAGAGGGAAACCCAGCAGAAAGACUGAUUGAUUCUGGGACAGCAAUCAUUUUCUGAUGGACAGGAUAAGGCCUACUACUCUACUCUGAGCAGGGAACAUAAGCAUUACUAGAGGGCAAGAAGCACUGUUUUGUACCUGUCUAUACGCUGAAGUUUUGAAGCCAUCUGAAAUAUUAAUGGAGUCAAAGACUUCAAGGUGCCAGUUACCAGAGUAGUCCCCAGAGUUAGUAGUGUGGAUUCCACUGAUCUCACAUGUAUCAUAGUUUCUUGCUACCAGACUGAAUCACAGUUUACUGGAAACAAAAAGGGAUUAAGAUACUCUAAGGUUCUUUUUCGAAUGGUUGGCCUCGGGACAAAUGCAUGAACACAAGCUUGCAGAUGCCAAGGCUGAACCUCACUCCACUAUCCGGCUUCUUUUCUAAGAGGACUUUUGCAAAUCAUUUUGUGUUUUCUGAUGCUCUGCUGCCAUUUGUCAUGUUUUUCUCUUGUAUUUUGAAACCAUGCACACUUCUCUGUGGCUCAUUCAUCUCCAGUGGAUGCAAACACAUUAUUUAACAAAACUAUGAUAUGCGAGGGGAUGUCAUGUUGGUUAACUACACCUAUAUAAGAACUAAAUCUCUGCAUUGGUGCAUGUUAAACUUCCCUUUUUUUACAGUAGGGUCAACUUUGGUGCUGUCAUUCAAUCUACAUUGCAACACUCACCCAGAUGUUCAUCAGCCGUAGUUUUCAUAUCCUUUGGCUGUCUAAUCAACUACUUUCACUGACUCCUCAUUGUCUGAAACCGAAAACACAGCACAAGAGACAAUGCGUUCUUGGCAGCGUUCCCCCGUGAGAACAAGUCUAACACUUGUACUUGGAUAAAAGCUUCGAAAAGCGUGUUCUUACUGUGCUGCAGUUUGCAGGAAAUGUAUUGGCUGAUGUGGUUUGAUGGUCAGUGGUCUGUGGGCUGCAAGGACUACAGACAUGCAUUCUUGUUUUUACAGUCUGUGCUACGAUACCUCAAUGUUAAGCACAAGUACAUUUUAAUCCGUAGACACUGAAGCUUUUCUUUCUUAUCAUAUAUAUUCAUUCCUGCACAUGGAAGCCAAGAACAGUCAGUUAUCUUGAUCUGAUUAUUGUUUCUUUGCCUGCCCCCUGGAUGACUUUUUCAAUGUUAUUAUAAAUAAAGCUGUUCAAAGCAAACUCCA